AUGAUUCUGGAGUGGGAAGGCAGCGAGAACUCGACAGAAUGCUUGUGCUCCGACAUUCAGCGAGACGACUACUCGCCGUUUUUUGAAUGGUAACACUUGAGCUAAAGUCUAGAACCCGGCAAACUUUUGGCAAUGUCGCUCUACCGCAAUCGUACGCGAAAACUCGGCCACGGUCGCGGAUUUAGAUGGAGAGCGGUCGAGCGCGAUUUCCACACUUUUGUGGAUGCAGCCAUAGGCGUUGUGAAAACGUUGAGAAAUUGUGAAAUUCUCAAAAAAGUUCGCCCAAAUGGUAAUCGCUGCGAGACCAAUCGGCUAUGCGCCUUUAAACGGAAACCCACAGUACUCCCCUACUCGUUCAACGUUUAAAGGCGCAUAACACUUUCCAUUUCAAGUACGCCAACUCGUUGACAAAUCAUCCCAUAUUCAACAGCGUUGUUCUUUGAUUUUCUAUUACAACAAAUGAAAAAAAAAGAAAAUUAAAUUUGGAGGCGAUAUGCUGACGCAUGUUCGUGCGUCAUUUACGUACAUUUUACGAUUGUUGUGAUGAUGAUGAUGAGGAGAGAUGAAAAGCGAUAUCUUUUGUUUGCAGGGCCAACUACCUGACGAUCAUCCUCGCCCUUCCCAUUCUCUCCGUGUUCGGCGUGCUCACCAACAUCAUCAACGUGUUCCUCUACACACGCAAACGCCUUCAGAACUCGGCGAACACGUAUCUGCUGUUUCUCGCGUGCAGCGACUUCAUGGUCAUCGUGACGGGCCUCUUCAUCUUCUGGAUCGACUCGGCCCGCUCCUACAUUCCCGAACUCACACAGGCGCCCUACACGACGGUCUACACGCUGCCGUUCGGGUACAUGGCACAAACGUGCAGCAUCUAUUUCACCGUCGCCGCCGCCGUCGACUGCUUUGUCAAUGUGAGUUGUGAAACGUUUUGCAUCGAAUGCAAUCUUUCGAUAUUCGUAGGUGUGCUGGACGUCGCACUCGAAACACUAUUGCACCGUCCGUCGUGCCAAACAGAUUUGCGUCUCGAUCGUCGUCGUUUCGAUCAUGUACAACUCGUUGCGCUUUCCGCAAUUCAACCUCCGCAAGUGCUUCAACGACAUCACCAAAGAGCAGGUCAUCGAGAUUUGUCCCACUUCUCUGUUCGUCACCAUCAACUCGGUGUACAACAUGUAAGCCCCUCCCUGACCGUACCCUCGAGCCCCCUGCCUGCCUGACCCAUUUAACCUUCCAGCUACAUGUACAUGGUCCUCAUGACGCUCCUCCCGUUCUUCUUCCUUCUGUGCAUCAACGCGAUCAUUGUGAAGCGGCAGUCGAAGGCGAAGACGGACGAGACGACGCCGAAGAACGAGGGCACUUCAGAUGACACCAUCACCAUGAUCAUGGUCGUCAUUCUGUUUCUCGCGUGCAACACUCUGGCGCUAGUCGUCAACUUUAUCGAAAACUUCACCGAACCGUCGCCGGUGCUGCUCAACUUCCUCUCCGACACCAGCAACUUUUUGGUCGUCUUCAACUCGUCCGUCAAUUGUAUCAUCUACUUCAUCUUCAAUCAAGACUACAGAGAUGUCUUCAAGUACGUACUCUAACCGUUUGAUGCUAGGACUAACAAGACACUUUGACAAUAAUUUCAGACAGUAUUGGAAGAAGCUGAAGCGUGUUUUGUACGAAGAAUACUGUUGUUGUGUACGUGACGGCUCGCGUAACUACACCGCCUAUCAACCGGUGUCGACGCGUUUGGUCAUUGAUAAGGUGGGAAGGGUACAAAGAGCAGCGGGCACGUAAACUAGUUUUAUGUUUUUGUAGAGCCAAAACGGGAGCAGCAGUACAAAGCUGAUACUUCCGUCGCUCGACUUGAACAGAAGCGAUCAGGCUAGCUUCGCAGGUAGAUCCGCUUUUCACAAUUCAGAAUUCACAUAGAAAUGCGCACUUUUUACAGAGUCGGAAGGUGCGUCGUCUCCCAUUUGGCAACCAUUGACCACGCGAAACCUUCCGAACGUCGACUGGCCGAACAUUGACGACGACGUGGAUUCGGGGUGGGACGACGGAAGUCAGGUGAGACGAUCCUUCACACGUUUGCUCAUUUCGUCGCGAAUCAAGAUGAGAAUGCAGAUCUCCUCGUCGCGCACGCCGAAACGAUGGCUCGCCGAGGUGAACAUUGUCGAGAUGGAGACUUCGGAGGGCCGUCACCAUCCACGCAUCUACGUGCGUCCGCUCAACCAACUGCCCGCCAAUGAGACCAUCUCGAUCACGGCUCUCUAG